AUGGGUAACCCUGGACCCGGAACCUCGCAGGCGGUCAAACCCCCUGAUGGGGGAUGGGGAUGGAUGGUCCUUGUUGGUUGUUUUGUGAUUACAGGAUUUUCCUAUGCAUUCCCAAAAGCCGUCAGUGUGUAUUUUAAGGAGCUAAUGCAUGAUUUCCACAUCGGUUACAGCGACACUGCCUGGAUCUCCUCCAUCAUACUCGCCAUGCUUUAUGGUACAGGCCCCGUGUGCAGUAUAGUGGUGAAUCGCUUUGGCUGCCGGCCUGUCAUGUUGAUCGGAGGUUUAUUGGCCUCUUCCGGAAUGAUUCUGGCAUCGUUCUCUGCAAACAUCACCCAGCUCUACUUGACUGCGGGAGUGGUUACAGGUCUGGGAUUGGCUCUGAACUUCCAGCCAUCUCUCAUUAUGCUGGGCAGAUACUUUGACAAAAGGAGACCACUCGCUAACGGACUGGCUGCCGCUGGGAGCCCAGUGUUCCUCAGUACCCUCUCCCCAUUCGGACAAGUCCUGCUGGAUUACUAUGGCUGGAGAGGGGGCUUCCUCAUCAUGGGGGGCUUGUUACUCAAUUGCUGCACGUGUGGAGCCGUCAUGAGGCCUCUCGAGAGUCUGACGGGGAGCAGCAAAGACAAGUCUGAGGCGAAGGAGAUGCUUCCUGCCGCCAAGUCUGACUGCACCAGCUUGGAGAUGGAGAACUGUGAAGCAGUUGGAACCAGCAACAGCACCAAGGGGAGUGGCAGGAAGAAAGGAGCGAGCAGCAAGUCUCGGAAACUGCUGGAUUUCAGUGUAUUCCGGAACCGAGGCUUCAUCAUCUACACCAUCUCCAAGUUCAUCCUGGUGCUGGGACUCUUUGUACCUCCGAUCAUGAUUGUUAACUACGCCAAAGACACUGGCGUCCCUGAUACAGAGGCUGCCUUCCUGCUCUCGAUCAUUGGCUUCAUUGACAUCUUUGCUCGGCCGCUGAGUGGGGUGGUGGCAGGUCUGGACGCUGUCCGCCCUCGCGUUGCCUAUUUCUUCAGUUUCUCGAUGCUGUGCAAUGGACUGACCGACGUGCUGAGUGCCAAAGCAGCAACGUACACUGGGAUGGUCGCUUUCUGUGUUUUCUUCGGUGUGACCUAUGGGAUGGUCGGGGCUCUGCAGUUCGAGGUUCUUAUGGACAUUGUCGGCUCCCAGAAAUUCCCCAGUGCCAUUGGAUUGUUGCUGCUCAUUGAGGCCUUCGCUGUGCUCAUUGGACCUCCAUCAGCAGGCCACCUGGUUGACACUUUCAAGAACUACGAGCUCAUUUUCUACAUGGCAGGUGCUGAGCUGAUUCUCUCAUCAGUCUUCCUGUCGGUAGCCACCUACCUCUGCCUCAAAGGUGACCAGCCCAAGAACCAGAAAGAAAGUGCGGAAGUGGAAGAUGUGGGAUGCGAAUCAGCAGCGGUGGAAGAUACAGGUAUGGUGCAAGACUACACAAGAGGCCUGAGUGGAAGCCCCAUGGAUGAAGGAUCCCUGGACCAGAGAUCGAGCAGAGUAGAGAGGGACCAAAGGGAUGGCAGCAGUGUGAGAGGUGCAGACAGUGAAGUUACAACACAAGCAGAGUGCUCUGAGCAACACUAA